CAGAGGGCGGUGGGCCGGUUCUAUGCGGAGUAAAGGCAAGGGGGGGAAGGGGGAGUAGUGAAAGAAGACUCAGUGAAUGAGCCGCUGGCUCCGGAGCUCGCCGAGACAAGAGAAAACCGUCUGCCGAACCAGAACUAAAUCCAACCUACAGACUACACCCGCCUCCCCGCGCCGCGCCGGCCGGCCCUUCCCGUGUGUUUUCCAGCCACGACCAUGGCUGAAGGAAGCUGCUUCGGGGCAUUGUAGCUGCUUGGGACGAGCAGACAGACCUCCACGCAAGGUUCAGCAGAAGAGGGAAACAUUUACUCUGAAGAUCAGCAGCACAUCUGGGCCGGUCCGGGCCAACGUGUCUUCCUUCAGACGAUUCUCUUUAAAAGAAAGGAAUUUGAAACUUUACUACAAGUCCUCCUUUCAGCCCUUCUCUCAAUUGGGAAGAACUAUAAGGUGUUUCUCAACGUCUUCAGUCCUCACUGAUUCGGAGGGAACCAGAACCGCCGCCAUGUGCCACGUGAUUGUGACUUGUCGCUCCAUGCUCUGGACCCUGCUCAGCAUCGUGGUGGCCUUCGCCGAGCUCGUCGCCUUCAUGAGUCCCGACUGGCUGCUGGGGUUCCCCCGGUCGGACUCCGAUGUCAGUGGCGUGGGAGUGGACCCCGGGGAGUAUCAGCCAUCGCUGGGGCUCUACAGCCGCUGUCUCCGAGUGGGAAGCCGCGGAGGAGGGGUGACCUGCGGGCCCUACGCCAGGACAUUUGGAGAGGUGGCCAGCGGCUUCUGGCAGGGCGCCAUGCUGUUUCUAGCAGCAGGGACGUUACUGCUGGGGGGCGUGGCCUGUAUCUCCGUCUUCAGCCUGUGCUUCCAAAGCAUCCUAAGGAAGAGCAUCUUCAACGUCUGUGGACUGCUUCAGGCCAUUGCAGGCCUGUUGCUGAUGGUAGGCCUCAUGCUGUACCCUGCUGGUUGGGGUACGGAGAAGGUGAUUAGCUACUGCGGUCCAGAGGCCUCUCCCUAUAGGCCGGCUCAGUGUUCUCUUGGCUGGGCGUUCUAUGCAGCGAUAGGCGGGACGGUGGCAGCGUUCCUGUGUGCCGUCUUCUCUGCUCAGGCUGAAAUUGCCACCUCCAGUGACAAGGUCCAAGAGGAGAUAGAGGAGGGAAAGAGCCUGAUCUGCCUCCUCUGAGUCUUCAGAAAACCGUCGGCAACAGAAGUGACUUGGAUUCUCGCUCAUCUAUUCUCAUUAUGGGGAUCUGCAGAGUUCUUCUGAAGUGUCAUCGAAUGAUUUCCUUCCUCAUAGUGCGAAUAAAAGUAGCCGAUUGCUGGAAACGUAUAAACCCUUUUUUGUAGCUGUUAACUCUUGAGGUUGGUUCGCAGAGACACUCACAUAGCCGCCAUUACAUCAUGCACCGGCAUGGUUCUCCAGCCAGCAAACCACUUUGCCUGAUGUUAACAAGACAAAGGAGGUCUCAAGUUCUCGUUUUAUCCUUACUGACUUGAGGUAAAAAUGCCAAAACGGGCUCAGAAUAAUAGCAAGCUAAAAGAUGUGACUUUUUACGAGUAUCCUGUGUGUUAGACCGAGAUGCUCUUUUUUUUCUCUCCAAAUAACGAUUCUUGCCUUAAUGAAACCACUAUACUGUUAACGGCAGUGGUUACAGUUGGAUAUGAACGAGUGUGUCAUUGGCGUUAUCAAUGUCAGAUUCAACACUGACAGGUCAAGACAGUACAUUUCUUUGGUCAUUAUUGUUGUUUAAGUGAGAAAUGGUGAGUUGAUUCACAAGGUUCACUGGUAGGCCAGCAAAUAACAACAGACCAGCCCCUGAACACUUGCAGAUGUGUCAACUAAAAAAAAAAACCCCGACAACUUACUCGUGUGUGCGUGCACGUGUGCAUGUGUGGUGCUAACCAUUAAUGCCCAGGUUGUUUUAAGUGCCCAGAUGUUCUGAGUCACAUGGCAACAAACAAUAAAAAUAUAUAUAUUUUUAGCUUAAUUCAGUUGCGUCAUUUAAAAGACUUUUUUUUUUUAACUUCAAAGGGAGUCCCUCCUGUUACAUGAAUUGUUUGUGGGUCUAUUUCAGUUUAAUAACCGGUUAAGAUGGUUAAGAGACUUGCCGUAGGCCGUACUGUCGUGAGCGCCCGUGCGAGGAUGUGUGCUCGCGGUGAGAUAAAACCAGACUGCGUCGUAGUUUAGCGUUAUCUCGUGUCAUGCUGUAUUCUCCCGUUUCCUCUGUGUUUUCACAUGUGCUAUUUUAACCUCUGUUAACUGUAACGGGAGCACAUACUUGUUUUUAUUCCUUGUAGAUGAUGUGCAAUAAUAAUUCAGCCAUAACCUUGUGUGUUAGCUGGGAGACCGAUUGGAGCGUGUGUGUGUACUGUGUGUGUGUGUGUGUGUGUGUGACUGACCAGUGUUAUGUGGACUUGCACCAAAGAUCCAUUCCUAGUCUGUCUGUGCUCAAACUAACAUGCUGUCUGUCUACUGUUUUUGUUAUAUUAACAAAAGAAUAAUGGCGUCUGUGGUAGUGUUUGAUGCUGCAUGUAUGUAAAAGGUUGACGUGUGUAGGAAGGAGUUUGGUAUGUACUUUUUACUCGUGAAUAAAUAAAUAAACCUGACCUUUGGUA